UUUGUUCAGUUAGUCUUCCUUUAGAGGAACGGCCAAAAUAUCCUUAGUUACAGUGUGCUAUCUCUACUAGACAGGAAUAGAAGAUACUUUGUAAGAGAGGGGAAUUUAUAAUGUCUUCAGAGCAUGGUGCUAAUAAACGACAUCAUAACCCAGUGGACAGUAUAUGCAGAAAGAUCAAAUCUAUCCAAAUGAUGGAUCAAGUCUCUAAUCCCGCUUUACAGAUACCAAAAUUUCAGUCACGGAACUUUGACAGUCCGCAGUGCAAUAUCAGAAAAAAUCUAGAAGAAAUACUGAAGAAAAGAACAUUUAGAAGUCGUGAUAGUACUAGUCCACGCUUCAUCAGCCCCAGCAGUGAAAGUGUUUUCUCUGCAGACUUGCAGUUGCUGUCUCCUUGUUUUGGGGAGAUCUCUGACAGCUGCUCUGCAAAUGCUACAUACUCGGUCAUUAAAAGCGAAGAGAGGACCAGCAACCCAUGGAUGCCAGUAUGCCCCAUGGAGAACAGUUCUCCAUCCUACUUCACAUCCAGAGAAGCUAAUAUCCAGAACCAGUGGUGUGCUUUAGCAAGUACUGAGUCUGAAGAUGCGCGUCAUGAACAGAAGUACCUUACGUCAAGUCCUCACUUCCAGUUCUUCACAUCUGAUAAAAAGUCAGAAAGUGCUGUGAUCCAAUCUCCUGCACCACAGAGGUCACCUCUGAGUGAAAGAGGAUGGAAGCAGUCACUGGGCUGCAAAGCUGACAACAUGUAUGAUGUCAGCUUGAUCUGUGAAGAAGACUUACUGACCACUAUUUUCUGUGCAUGCGACAUAGAGCAUACAGGAAAAGUAGCAGUUUCCAAGAUAGUUGAUUAUCUGAGACACACAACAAGUCGUGGAUCAGAAGACAGUGGUCUUGAAGAGCUAUGCAACAUGCUUGAUCCAGAGCAGAAAGACAUCUCCAUGGACCUUGAAACAUAUCAUGCCAUCAUGAAGGAGUGGAUUGAAGACUGCAAGAGAAAAUGGGAAGAUGGUACAACUGAGGAACCAACAGCAAGCAUAGAAGACCUGGAAUUUAAAGUACAUAAAAACACAUUUGAAGUAAAAAAGACACCUGUCUGGAUGAAUGUUACAUCAGGAAGCUUGGAAGCCUUUGGGGGUGAUGUGUCUAAAGGAGACAUGGAGACUUCGGACUUGAUAACCUGUGUCGCAGACCUGCAGUACAACAACCAGAAGCUUCAGGAAGAGAACAACAAGCUAAGGCUUACACUGGAAGCUAUGGAUGAGACCAACAAUAAGUUAUUGGCAGAUAAUGAGAAUUUACGUCAACAAAUAAAAAGCAUCCAGCAUUCUGUGUUGAAAGCCAAAUCACUGGAAGAAGAACUAGAAGAAGCAAAAAACAACCUGAACCUGUUGGAAGAGAAGAGACAGCAGAUUCUCUGCCAGAAUAAACACCUGGAGAAAGAAAAUCAGUCUCUCGUCAUCAAAAUGGCUUCUCUUCAGGAAGAGCAUAUUAGGAGUAGCAUGGACACUGAUGGACUUCAAAAGAAGAUUUUGGAGCUGUCUAAAAAUGCAGCAGAGCUUCAAAUUCAAGCAUAUAUCUAUGAGAGCACUGUGGUGAAUAAAGAGGCUAGCUUAAUCCAGAAGGAUCAGGACAUCAAAGAACUGAAAUUAACCAUUGUGGAGUGUUCCUCAAUAAUAGAGACUCUGAGGGCAGAAAAAAAUAAGCUACUGGAGAACAUGCGACACAUGCAGCAAGAGUUGAUCUCAAAUGGUUUAAGCUUCCCAGUGAUGUAUAAAUUUAAUGGUAGUGUUCCUGAAGGAAUGAAUUCGCUUCACUGUGAACUGGAACUUGCUCAGUCUUCUGAGAUUACCAAGACUGAAUGGAUGUCCCUGGAUGAAACACUGGACCGUGAAGUACUGUUCUUACUUCAGGGACCCGAAUAUGCGGGAGAAAAAUUUAAGGCUGUUAUGCAAAACCUGCAAGAGGAAGCCUCUGAAGUGGAGGAACUUGUCAUGACAUCUUUACAAUGGAUAGAAGAUCCUGAUGUGGACAUGCAGCAGGCCUGGGAAAGAAAACUUGUAGUUCUCAAGCAAGAAUUAGGGGAAAAAAGACACCUUUGGAUCCAGAAACUUCACCUCUUGGAAAAAUACAAAGAUUCUCUAGAUAAGGAUUUUAUUCAAAUGGCAAGCAACCUGAGGCGAAACAAGACAGAGCAACUUCACCUAAGGAAAGAGCUCUCUGCCAGACAACGUGAGAUAGAAACUGUCAAACAGUUGCAAGAAGAAGCUGCUGGCCAGGCAGAAGCCCUUGGUUUAGAGUUGCAGAAAGCUACAAAGCAGCUUGAGGAUGCUAGCAAACAGGCAAAGGAUCAAGUUGAAGCCUUUCACUCUGCUUGUGAGGAAGCCGCAUCCUUAAAAUGCAAGUUAGAGGAAGCCAUUUCUGAGCAGCAAAAUCUCAAGGAUGUGAAUGCAGCUUUAACAAGCACUUGCCAGUUGCUUCAAGAAAAGGUGGAAGAGCAGAAAACCACUGUUAAUGCACUGAGAGGGGAACUGCUUAAAGGACGACUCUGUGAAUGGCAGUGCCAGCGCUGUGUAGAUGAAGAAUCCGAUUACAGUCUGCUGCCCACAUCAGCUGAGCCAGUGAAAGGGAAGCAGCUCCAUUGCCCUAAAAGACUAUGGAGUGAAGGACCCACCUUGCACACUGAACUUUCCAGGACCCUGCCCUCAGAUAUUUCAGACUGGUGUCUUACACCUCUGCUAGAUGCUCUGACCUUGGAGACCUUGUUACCAAAUAACUCUCCUGUGCCUAGCUGGAAUUCCCCUUGCAGACAGCGCUCUGGCAGCUGCAUGUUUGAAAGCUGUAAUCUGGGGCACACGUCUGCUUCUGAUGUGACAUCAGUAGAGUCCAAGUGGAAAAUAUACUCUGCUGAUAACUAUACUGAUGCAGACCUUCCUGUUUCCAUUACAAUGAUGGACUCUUCACUUGCUGAGAUGGACCGUGCAGAGCCAUCAAUACCAGUCAGCCUGAUCCCGUCCAGUGAUCACUUAACUUCACCCCAAGAAGUUCCUACAUCCUCUUCAGAAAACACUGUGCCAGUAACAGGCUGUCUUGUUAUGGAGGAAGAGUCACCCAAGCACUCAUGUGCAAAAGAGGAAGCUGUGCCAACUUCCGCAGCAAUGGAGAAAAACAAUGAUAAGGAUCCGGCCGGUUCUGUAUCAGGGCCUGAUCUGAUCAAGAAAGAAUUCAGCCCUGUGAUAGAAGAAUGCAAAACCUCACUGCAAAAUCUUUUAAAGAAAGACCCGGAGACAGGCCUGGAAAAGGAAACUAAUAAAGAGCAGAGUGAGGUAACACCAGCUAUGGUUCCCAGCAGGAAAGGGAGUUCACCCAUUACAGGUGGCAUUAAAGGUGAUAAAACAAAGCAAAAUGAGCUUGACUCGCCUAGUGAGAAAGAGGUGGAGGCUGAAUUUCUGAGAUUGUCUCUAGGUUUUAAAUGUGACUUGUUUACCUUGGACAAGAGGGUGAGGCUUGAAGAAAGAUCCCGUGACUUGGCUGAAGAGAACUUGAAAAAGGAGAUCACAAAUGCUCUAAAGAUGUUAGAGGCUUUAGUUCCUUUGUGUGAAGAAGAUAACCAAGCACAGGAAAUUAUUAAGAAGCUGCAGAAAAGCUUGCAGUUCCUUAGCCAGUAUGCAGCCCGAGUCGCCAGCAGAGCAGAGAUGUUGGGAGCUAUUAAUCAGGAGAGCCGUGUCAGCAAGGCUGUGGAAGUAAUGAUUCAACAUGUGGAAAACCUGAAGCGCAUGUACACAAAAGAGCAUGCAGAACUUGAGGAGCUGAAACAGGUCCUGCUCCAGAAUGAGAGAUCAUUUAGUUCUCUUGGAGAUCGAGAUGAAUCUACAAAUAAAAAGCUACCCAAUUCCUUUAACUUCAAGCCACCAUCAUCCCUACGAAGAGUUAGCAUUGCAACAGUGCCUAGGAGUGCUGGAAAUGCAGGUAUUGGGUUGCCGCUGGCCCAACUACAAGAAACUGAUGGAGAUGAAUGGAGUGAUAAACUCAACAGGAGAUCAAGCAGCUGGGGACGACUAGGAGCAAAGCAAAAUGAGAAGCGUCCUUCACUGCAGCGAUUCAUUAGCACAUAUUCCUGGGCAGAGUAUGAGAAUGAACAUUCAGAAACAAAAAACGAGCAGUCGGAAUUGCCUGCUGAAGUGCAAGAACCAUCAAGAAAGGAAAGUAUCUCUGAAACAGGAAACUGUCCAUCAAAAUGGAACCUGGAGACAGCGUGCAACUUAGUGUCAUCAUGGGCAUCCCAUUUCAAGACUUCCUUUUCCAACGCUAACAAAACUCUCUGGGUUUCUGUUUCCAUCCUGGUACUGCUUGCUGCUUUUACAAGCUUCCUCACUGGGCUGUCUCUUCAAAGACCAGCAGAUGCAGCACCUGUCGGCACUGGGGACUCCUGGACUUCACUACAGCAACUGUUGUGGCCGUAUACAGGACUUCAACACAACGGACCACCCCCAGUAUAACAAAGGUUCUGAAUUUGUGAAGUUAUCCUUCUGAGUUCUGGUUGACAGUAUGAGAAGCUGAGAUAGUAUAUUUAAUGUUACAUGUUUCAGUUGGUUUGUUUGGGUUGUGGGUGUUAGGGGAUUUUUUUUUAAGUGUGACUUAAAAUUGAAAAAAUAUUUUUUUCCUUAUUCUGACAAAAGUUAUCUUUUCAAGUACCUAAGAGUGUCUUAAUUCCAUUCAGA